UUCAAAUCUUCUAAGCGCGGAUAUAAACUUCACUUCUUUUUCUUUGCGUUGGAUUCGUCAAGGAUGUGUUGAAGAGAGAAUUUUUUCACCUGACGAAAGUCCGCUUUUAUCGAGAUCUUCUGGCUCUUUUGAAGAUUGUUGUUCUAGAUUUUACUUGUGUGAACAUUCUUGUCACGCCGAAAGAAGAAACUUGAAAAUUGAAUCUAAUUUUAAGGGGACUCCAGCUACAGUCGUUGUGGAGGUGUCUUGUAUGCUAUUUGUCCGUCACAUUCUGCAAUUCUCGUUAUCUCGGCUUAAUCGAUUGGAUAAUCAAAAUUUAGAUGACUAUCAGUUGAGUUUUACUGAUUCUGCUGGCAAUAUCAAGGUGUUGGGCAUCUGGGAUUGUCCGGGCUGCUGCCCCGCCGAAACUUUAUUACUUUCUGCGCAACCUCCGAUGGUUGCUACUGAAAUUCACCCCAAAAAAAAUAAUCUCGUUACGAGAUUAUCAAAGAAAAUAACGAAAACUCUUCGUAAUCCUCUUUCUUAUUUAUAUUCUUUAGACAAGAGCCAAAAAAGCAUGCCUUCUAUUGGAAGUGACACUGCCAAACAGCUGUCACCAACUCGGACAGAUAAAAACUUUUUUUCAGUGACGGAGAAAAACCUUCAGAAGUUCCCGAAAAAAACCACCGCCUAUUCUUCGCUUCAUUCGCUUCACGCCGCGAUUCCGUCCACGCUAGAAAAGCAAGACCCCUACGAACUCGGCGUAUUUGGCGCGCUAAUAGCGGAUGCUACGCACAGCGGAUCAAUUUUGCCUGCGCCGUUGCUAUUAUGUUUUUCCUAUGUAGAGACUUUUGGACUGAAUUUGCAGGGAAUCUAUAGAAUAAGUGGAGGCCAUUUAAAAAUGAAAAAUAUACGUGAUUCCUUUCAACGGGGCGAAGUUCCCAACUUUCAGAGUAUCACAGCGCACAACGUUGCUGGUGUGGUGAAAUGUUUUUACAGAGAAAUUCCCGAACCUUUUAUUCCUCCAACUUCGAAGUUAAGCGAGUUAAAAGAAUUGGAAGUCGAUUCCGAUGAGAUGAUUGGCGCUCUGAACCUUUUAGUAAAAGAAUUACCGCCAGGAAAUUUACUUCUCCUUCGUGCUUUGUUUAGGCAUUUGCAUCUUGUACAUCUGAAUUCAGCUAAAAAUAUGAUGCCCGCUGAAAAUUUGGCGGUGGUUUUUCAGCCAAAUUUGGGGCUUUCUACAAAUUUAGUGAUUUGCUUAAUUAAAGAAUAUCCCCAAAUUUUUCAAGACGAUUUCAAAGUUGUUCCUUUAAAUUUCUCGGACUUUUGCUAG